AACUUGUUGCUGGUGCUAGAGCUGGCUGCGCUCACACAGUGCACGAGCAAGACUAGGGCAGUACAAUGUUCGCCUCGCGGGGUCUCGUGCAAGUAAGUGUAUGCAGAGAGCUAUUCUGAGGUCUUGAGCGACCAGCAAACAGUGCCACUCUGAUUUCUAGCAUGGAUUACCUGCAGCAAACGAACGGACGGAGCAGCUAGCGAUUUGACGGUGGGUUGAAGUGACCCGUUCCCAGGCGCAGUGGACGAACCAGUCUCUUGCCACUGCUUUGCAAUAUGUUGUCCCGGGAACGGUUAUGAGAGAGGACUGCAAUAACGACACUUGUUUAAAUUUUGUGAAGACAUGAAGUUGCAGUAGUAAAAAACUGUCAUUGUUUGUUCUGUGCCAACCGGAGUGCACAAUAGUAGUUGUGGCAUAAAACAGUAAAACGGCGGAGCAUCUUUUGGCGACCUCUGUAAACUCGGAGGAUAUAUGACCGAGGAGUCUGCAUUUCCAUGAACUAAAGGGGCCGGAGGUGGGAAAGACCGAAAUUUCCGGGACUGGCUGGAAUUAAAGGCAAGCAGAACUGUCUUUUAAUAGUUUGGACUUACUGAUUUCUCAAAAUAAGCAACGGCAAGUACUGGUGCAAUAACCUUUCUUCCAGGAGUUCUCCAGCCUACAGAACCGCUGUAACUGUUCAUCUUCACCAAGCAACACUGCACUUUUAAGGACAAAAGUGCAAAUACAGCUACAGCAGCAGAGACCCGACCCAAAGUGCUGUUGCUGGGUACACGGAGCUGCUUCGCCAGUAUAUCUAGUAAACUUCUAUUUGGUGUGUGUGUGUGUGUUUUAUUUUAUUUUUUAUAUUUUUAAACGCCCUCAACGCCAAACACGAUUAGAUAGUCUGCAUGUUUACUGUAAAAGGAAGUUUAGCAGAUGUGAGUUUAAUUUAAUUUUUGUUUAGUUGAUAUGCCCCAGUAUGUUUCCUUCAUCUUAUUCGGCCAACAUGUAAUCUGAUGGCUGGAGCAUUUUAAUUACGAUAAGUGGUGCUUACUUUGUUUGCUAGACACACUUUAGAAUCGUUUCCCUCAUUGGUACUGUAUUACCCGUUUCAUUUUUGUUUUCGUUAACUUUUCUGCAAAGAGUGUGUGUUCCAAGAGCAGCAGCGGCCAGUGCACCGUAAGGUUGCGGCCAGCUGUCAUGCUUUACUAAUAACAUAAAUUUUACGAAAAGUAUGUUUGGACUUGAGCAGUUUGAACCUCCAGCCAGUAAUCGCAGCGGUGGGCAAGCGGAGCGGAACUUCAGCCAGCCGGGACUGACGACAAUGAGCUCCCUUUACAAGAAUGCACCUUACCAUUCGAGUGGUCCCCCCGGCUCUGUGGAGUCCGGCAUGAAUCCUUUAAGUGAGUCUCAGAUGCCUUUGGGAAUGAACAUGAGUUUGAACGGAGAACCAUACGGGUUCCAUGCCAGGGGUCACGCAGAGCUUCACGCAGGAAGCAUGCAGCAGCAGACUGUACACGGUUUCUUCAACAAUCAGCAGCCUCACCCUGGCCACCCUCAUGCUCACCAUGCUCACCCACAUCAACACCAUCCACAUUAUAGUGGCAGCUUUGCAGGACCUGAUCCCAGUAAUUCUUGUUUGCAUGGUGGUCGACUUAUGAAUUACAAUAGCACUCUGGGUGGUCAACAGGCUUUCAGUGAAGGAUAUGACAACGUGGGUGAAAAUCAAGGAGGGGAAGGAUUUGGACAGCAGCGACCAAAUAAUAUACCUGACUUUCAGCAUCACAAUCCGUCUUCUAGCCAUGCCGUCCCUGCACCUUGUCUUCCUUUGGAUCAAUCUCCAAACAGAGCUGCUUCUUAUCAUGGGCUUACAUCCACUACAACCUCCGAACCCCAUGGAAUUGAGCCGAGGCGAUUGCAAAACCCAGGCGGUGUUGACUCGGUGGAAUAUACAUAUCCUAGCGAUGCUCCUUCUGGACACUUCGACAUGCCUGUAUUUUCCCCUACAGACUCUGAAGCGCAGCUCCCUCACUACAGUGCUGGCAGGCAAGUUCCCGGUGGUAACUUUCCUAAUAAUUCUUCCUUGCCCAGAGCUCCAGGUGUGGUGGGAAUGUCCAAAGUUCAUCCCCCACAGCAGCAUGGUGUUUUCUUUGAAAGGUAUGGCAGUACACGUAAAAUGCCAGUGGGCAUGGAACCUGGAAUGAACAACAGGCAUCCUUUAAUGCAGCAGCAGCAGCAGGCAGGUUUGCUUGCCAGACAAACUUCGUGUCCAUCAGCCAUGCCCAGACAGCAGCAAACAGAAAAUGGUGCUUCUAACUCUAGCCUUCAGGACAAUGGGCAGAUGAUUCCAGGCCAGCAUGCCCAGUUUGAAUAUCCAAUUCAAAGACUGGAAAAUAGAAGUAUGCAUCAAUAUGGGGAUGCAGUAUUUAAUAUGCAGCAAUCCCAUCAACCAUCAAGUCAGAGACUGCAGCACUUUGAUGCUUCCUACAUGAAUGUGACAAAACGGCCAAGGUUUGACUUCCCAAACAAUCAUAAUGUUGAUAGCUGUGCGACAUGGAAUAAUGGCAUGCAUGGCACAGGUAUGGAAAACCAUUUGUCGCCUUCAGCGUAUUCUGGACUUCCUGGAGAAUUCACUCCUCCUGUGCCAGAUGGGUUUCCCCCUGGCCAACCACUGCAGCAUCCAGGCCCAGAUCAGCAGAACUUGCAGCAGCGGCAGAAUGCAGCCAUGAUGAUAAAGCAAAUGGCUUCCAGAAACCAACAACAAAGGAUGCGGCAACCCAGCCUUCAGCAGUUGGGUCACCAUGGUGAAGUUGGUCAGAACAAUAUGGUACAUGGCGGUCCAGUAGGAACUUUAACUCAGCCAAGUUUUGAGCGAGAGGGUGGGGGGAGAAUUUCCAGUUAUGAUCCUCAGAAUUCACACAUGCCUCAAGAUAACGCAUGGUUUUCUGGCCCCCAUCCACCAGGGGAUAUGCUUCAGCGAAGAAUAGGAGGAUCAACACUUCCUGCUGAUGCAAAUCCACAUGAGAUAAACUUACAGCAAACUGCCUCAAAUAUGAUGUUCAGGCCAGGAGUUAAUGGUAUGAGUAUGCAGGAUUCCAUAGGAAUGCCAGGAGAAGGUCAUGUACAAGCCUUACAUUCCCCAGGGAUGCAUGCUCAAUUUGGCAAUAACAUGGGCAGCCUUUCACAGAUGCAGUCUCCUGGUGGAGGUGUAGGAAUUCCCAGUGCUUCAGGUGAUAGGAGACCACCCCCUGAUUUCCAGGUACCCCCUAUGGGGCAACCUGGAUAUCCCUUUGGCCCUCCAAAUCGGCAGACAACAUCCCACAACAAUCCUUCAGGUGUCAAUGGUUCACCAAGCUCCUUCUCUCAACAGUCUGAAUUUCAGUCUAGUCAGAGAUCAACUGCCAGCAAACUGGUAGACCUUUCUUUGGGUUCCUUUAACAAGCCCAAUUCAAAAGAUUCAAUGUUUGGGCAGAGUUGUUUGGCUGCUUUGUCAACAGCUUGUCAGAAUAUGAUUGCCAGUCUGGGUGCCCCAAAUCUUAAUGUCACAUUUAACAAAAAGAACCAAAAUGAGGGCAAGAGGAAGUUGAGUCAAACAGAACAGGACUUGAACAACAACAGUGGGAGUAAUGUAAAUAAUGGUACAGGUUCUGAUUUUUUCCCAAGUGGUGCUUCUCAGAGUAAUCAAAUGCUCAGUGCUGGAAACAGUAGCGGUAAACCAGCAGGCCAGAAUGGGGUAACUCAGCCUGCCCAUGGGGAAAGCAAUCUGUCCCCCAACUAUAAUAUUGAGGUGACUGCAGGAAAUGAUGGAAAACCACUGGCUGGCAGUGGACGAGGGAGAGGCAGGAGGAAAAGGGACAGUGGUCAUGUGAGUCCAGGAAGUUUUUUUGACAAAUAUUCUGCUGAUAAUGGGGCUACAGUAGUAAGCCCAGGGCCACAGUGUCAAGCAGCUAAUGUUGGGGAACAGGGUGGGACUCCACAUGAUAAGUCCCUUACAUCUCCAAGUUGGGCAAAGGGUAGCGAACUUUUACUGAGUGAUCAACAGGACCUCAUGUCAUCACUGGACAGUGGAAUUCAGAGUGUGACAAAAUCGGACAGUAGUUCACCACAUGUUGAUUUCCCAGAUGACAUAAGUACAAACUAUGGGAAUGAAGAUGAAGUCUCAUCUAGUUCAGACAACAACUUAUCCAAACCUAAUCGAAGCCCACUAGUGACAAGUUCUCCAAAAAUACAGCGGGGAGACCAUGGACUGCUCAGUGGACAGAAAUCCAUGGGACUAGCCAUGCAUAAUAAUGCUACCUCUACCCCUGACAGCUAUGGUCUAACCAGUACUGGGAGUGGCCACCCGAGCACUCCUGGGAUGGAGCAAGUUCGAACCCCAACUAGCACAUCAACACAGGAUGAAAUUCACCCUUUAGAGAUUCUCCAAGCACAAAUUCAGCUUCAGAGACAGCAGUUUAGCAUAUCAGAAGACCAGCCGGUUGGAAUGAAGAACAAGAAAGCUGAGUGCCCUGGCCAGAAUGGGGAAGGUGAAUUGGCCAGUUGUGGUACAGACAGUGGUAAGAAUGCUAUGAGUACUAUAGACCUCGAUACUCUGAUAGCAGAGCAUAACUCUACAUGGUAUAUGCCUAAUGAUAAGACUCUUAUAGAGGGACAAGAUGAGGACAAGUCUAUGGCUCCCUGGGAGAAAACAAAGCCUCCAAGUUCCAGCAAAGAAGCCCAUGACCUUUCCCAGAACAAGACCUCAACAGCAGCGGCAGCACAGAAUGGCAGUCAUUUGCAAUGCCUCUCUGUCCACUGCACGGAUGAUAUCGGCGAAUCAAAGGGCCGGACCCCCAUGCCGACGUGGAGAUCCUUGCAUUCCGACAUCUCUAACCGAUUUGGGACUUUUGUGGCUGCCCUGACUUGAAGAAACAUGAGUUGUCUUUUAUUUUAUUUUUCAUAUUUGUUAAGGCCACUAUUGCCAGGUGGACAUUCUUGGGUUGGUAUCAUACCUAGUGGCAUUUGGACUGGAAAGAGUUAAUUUAAAAAUAAACCUCAGUUUUUUAACUUCUAGCAACAGUAUGUUACCAGUGUUAAACUGUCAUUGACCAGUUAAUUGGAAUAUUGUUAAUUUCCCACUGAUGCCCAGUUUCUUAGAACUCUCCAUACAUGACAUAAGAUGCUUUCUGAUGGUGGUGGUGGCAGGGAGGGGUCAACACAGUUUAAUUUUUUCAAUACAUUAGCUGUCCUUGUUAUUGUUGUAUAUGACAGAAACUACACGCUUCCUUUAUUCGUGUCCAUUUUAAUGGAAAUCAGAAGAAUUAAAACUAAAAGACAUUAUGUAUUGUUAUCAAGAUGACUUCAUACUGUCACUUUUUGUCACCAAACUGUUUUGAUCUGUGCAAAUUAAUUAUAAUGACACUUAAUGUUACCUGAGCAUUCAGUCUUGUUUUUUGCUUUUUUUUUUGUUUGUUUAUUUUAUUUAUUUGUGAGCUCUCUUUCUGGAGGGGGAGAGUAUCGAUAAAGUGGGAUCCAGGUCUUUCUGGGUAACUUCUCUGCAGACUGCAGAAAUAUCCAUGCAAUAUAUGUGUUUGAAAUACAUUUAUUUUGCCAGUAUUUGGAAAUAACUUUACAGUAAUUUCACACAGUUUGGUUUAUGCUGUGUUGUUUCUUCAUUGAAGAGUAGUACUGUAGCAUAUGUUGGACAGGUAAGUGGAUAGUCUCUUGCAAUUUUUUUAUCAGUAGUUUGGAACUGCGUGACACUAGGGGGAAAAGGUCAGUAUUAUGUGGUAUAGAGUUGACAUAGAAACAGAAUGCAGAAAUGUAACUGAGAAAAAACUAACCUCAUACAGCAAGGGACCCCAUAAUGUUAUUAUACAGAUAAUCCAGUUUCUGUGAGCUUGACAACAUAGGAGUCAUUCUGCACAAAAGUAUUGCUUACCUCUCAUGUUACCCUAUUUUUCUCAUAAUUUUUGUGCUAUUUGACACUGUUUAUUAUUUUUUUAUUAUGAAAUGGGGUUUCCUAAUCCUGCUUUAUAACAGAUGAAUUUGAUCACAUGGCCAAUAGUAUGCCAUAAGACAGACUCCCAAUUUGCUUUGCUUGUAGUAACCUGCCAGUGAUUUAAAUGUGCCAGAAUUUGUUUAAUUUUUUUACAUUCUUUAUUCUUAUAAAUCCAUUUUAUAAAAACAAUAUUAUUCUGCACUAAUUGGUUGGUUGAAGGUGGAUUCUUAGUUUUGCUUUUUGCCUGUCUGCACCAAAGACAUUUACAUAUGCUAAGAUAAUGCCAGACUCAGAUUUAAGAUGCAGAAUAAAAAAUGAGGUGGGCUUUCCUUUAAAAAAAUGCCCAAAGUGCUUUGAACUCCAUGAAUUUUGAAGGGGAAGAUGACUCAUUUAGUAAUAUUUCGUAGUAAGAGUGUUCAUAAAAUUUAAUUUUAUUCCUUGCUUCAUGGCAGUCCAGUGCCUUUUAGACACGUAUUAUAAUGAUUGCAGGCCAAGUAGCAGCACCAACUGGUGUCCAAUGUGAGAGACGUGAGAACAAAAGGAGCACAUGCAGAAUCAAAGGAAACAGGAAUUAAUUUCUACAAGUAGUCAUUUGAUUGUCAUGGUAUAUGUGAUUGUUCUUCUCUUGCACUGAGCUGUGUAAUAGAAGUUAUUGCUUAACAAAGCUAUGUAUCCUCUGUGUCAUGUAUCUACCAGACAUGCAAUAGCAUCAGAUUGUAGAAGACAUCGGACUUAUUUUACUGCAAGAAAAACGUGCAGUGUGUGUGAAGAAUGUUGAAAUACACCAUUCAUUUAUCAUUACGGUGUUCUGAGUGGAAACAGAGUAUUGUUAUUAUUAUUGUAGGUUGUUGAUUUUU